GCUGCUUCUCUGCGCUUACACAGUAUGGCCGGCGAUAUUAGCUAGCACUCGCCCACGGUAUUCUCUGCAAAAGGGAAGACGGUAAAAAACACGGCAACUACAUCUGGACUGCUCAAGGACUGUAACUAAGCUAAUAAGUUAUAACUAACGUUACCAAUAAAGGACUAAUUAAUUGGGAUUCCAUCCGACGCUUUAAUUUCUGUUGUUUGAGUCUGUUUGUCUCACGAUGGAAGAGAGCAGUGCACACUUCUUCGAGGGGACCGAGAAGCUCUUGGAGGUGUGGUUCUCCCGGCAAGACGAAGCCAAAGGAGCCGGGGAUCUGCGCGCUAUCCCCAGAUUUGAGUGGGACAAACUUCUGGAGAAUGUGCAUUGUUUGAUUAUAAGUGUGACAAAGACUGACAAGCAGGAAGCUUAUAUACUCAGUGAGAGUAGCAUGUUUGUCUCCAAGAGACGUUUCAUUUUGAAGACAUGCGGAACCACCCUCUUACUGCAGGCACUGGUGCCACUGCUGGAGCUGGCUCGCGAGUACUGCGGCUUUGAUGCCAUCGAGAAUUUCUUCUAUUCUCGUAAAAACUUUAUGAAGCCCACCCAUCAAGAGUUCCCUCACCGCAACUUCCAGGAGGAAGUCGAGUUCCUCAGCCAGAUUUUUCCAAAUGGAGCAGCCUACUGUAUGGGACGUCUGAACUCAGACUGCUGGUAUUUGUUUACGCUGGAGCUGCCGGAAUACUGGGAGAACAAGCAGGCGGACCAGACGCUAGAAGUUCUGAUGAGUGACCUUGACCCAGCUGUGAUGGACCAGUUCUACAUGAAAGACGGUGUUUCUGCUAAUGAUGUCACUCGUAUGAGUGGAAUUCGUGACCUGAUUCCAGGUUCAGUGAUUGAUGCCACAAUGUUCAACCCUUGUGGAUACUCCAUGAAUGGAAUGAAGACGGAUGGAACUUACUGGACGAUUCACAUCACCCCUGAACCAGAGUUCUCUUAUGUCAGCUUUGAAACCAACCUCUCCCAGACAUCCUAUGACGAGCUUAUCCGCAAGGUUGUGGAUGUCUUCAAUCCAGGGAAAUUUGUGACAACGCUGUUCGUCAACCAGAGCUCCAAAUGUCGCAGCGUUUUCUCUUCGGCUCAGAAACUCGAGGGCUACCGCCGCCUGGACCGCCAGCUGGCCCACUUCAACGACUACAACUUCGUCUUCACCAGUUACGCCAAGAGCCGCCAGCAGAAGCAGAGCUGAACCUCUGAAAUGAAGAAGCGUAAAAAGAAAUCUGGCGGCUGGCGGCGUCUCGUAGGAGAGAGGCGGUGUUCGUGUGUGCGGUCUUCUGGCUGUAGAUCUUCCCUGAGUUUAACAUUUAUGCAUUCUUGUACCUAUGAAGUAGAUAUUGUGCAUGAAAGCUCUUCUCACGUCUCUGUAGAUAAUCUAGCCCAUUCUUGCUGUGAUCUUGAAGUGCAUGUAGAGUUCUUGAACUUGGUGGUGUGUGUGAGGCAUGUCACACCAUCCCAAUACAUGCAACGCUCCCUUCCCUUCCUGCAAGCGUCCCCUCGCAUCCCCCACAGACAGGGUUUCCGCCCUCACUAGGCAAGGACCCUGACAUGCUCAGAUCCGUGUCGUCUACCGACAAAAUCCAAAAGAAACAGCUUUCACCAAAACACCAGUGCAAAAAGGUAUUUUUGGGUUUUAAUGUACGUUUCCCUCGACUUCAGUUUAAUGCGUGACGUUGGUUAUUUGAAUCACAAAUCGCUGUGUGUAGCUAGCUAAAGUUUCUGUGAAGAUAUCCUAAAAAAAAAAAGUUAAAAUAUUCCUUGUUCAUCUUGUUUUCUUCAACUUUGCAGUCGUCUGUAUUCAGUGUACUAGAGAAGUGAAUGUUGUGAAAGUUGAGUAACUUAACCGUCACCUUCAGUGUCGACAGACUGUUGUAGUUUAACACAUCUAACGACGGUUAGUGAAAACGCAAUGACCGUUAGAUGCUCAAGAAGCUGAACAGCUUUGUACAGGUUGCUAAUAUUUCUAUUUCUGUUUGAAGAAACAAAAAUACUGUGAUUUUCUUCAGCUUUCCAGGUGUCGUCUUUAUUCAGAGUACUAGAGAAGUGAAUGUUUCAAACGUUGAGUUUCUUAAUGGUUGCCUUAAUUGUCAACGUAUAAUCUGCAAUAUAUAACUAUAAUGGUGAAAGUCAACUGUCGUCUUCCUUUCCUCGAAAAAAGGCCUUAUCGUGAAUGUAUUAAGUCUAAAAAAAUAAAGAACGCUGGUUAGUCGAAAGGUCACAAUGUGUCACGUGAAAGAAGCCAGGAUGGGUUUUUCUGAACAUGUAGCCGGUGUAGAAGAAACCACGUUCUCUGCUGUCAUUGUGAAGGACCCUGGGACUGUCCAGCCUGCUUUUGAAUUGAAACAGUUGGACAGACACUUUGCUUUCGUGUGCCGAUCGCACAGCAAAGCAUUUUCCUUUUUCUAAACAAAAUGAGAUCUCUCUGUUUUUCUCUACAGAAGCUGGUUAAGCACACAAUAGACGCGCACUGAUCUGAGCAUGUCAGGGUCGGCCCGGAUCAUUCCACACCCCACGCUGCAUAAACUGCAGUUUUAUCAUUUUUUUUUUUUUUUUUUUUGCAGUAGGUUUGUCCACCUCUCCAGAUCACGCCCUCUGAGGGGAAGAUUUUUGUGACUAGCGUGUAGCAGGAUGUUUACUGUGCAGUGUCUCUGCUUCAGCCCUGUGUAACGUCCACAUGUUUAAUUUCUGUUCCUGGUUUAUUGGUCCUGAGCGUGAUGAGCAGCAGGUGUGGUGUUUAUUUUGGAGGAUGAUGUUUCUGUUAUGACUCCUGACAGACUGGUUUGUGAAACACCUUCCUGCUUCUGAGAGAAGCCCUUCAGAACGCCACUCCAGUAAUGAAUGUCUCUAACCGCAGCUCUGCUCGAGACGAGCUGAUGUUUACAGUCGUUUUCAGAGAAACACUGAAGCAGUUUAAUGCGACGGACACAACAGGUGUCACACGGACCACUGCUGGGAGAACUAACAUGAGCAUGAUCGCAUAUCGCACCUGCCACUUUUUUCGGUGAAGGGUUGGUAAUUUCAAACUUUUUUCUGGCCUUUAUACGUGGGAUUUAUACAUAUACACAUUAAACGUUGAUGUUGCGGACCAAGUAUAUAUAUAUACUUUACCUUUUCUUUUUUCUGGCCCUAUUCUGAGGUGGGGAGUGAACUUUUCAAAUGAUUUGGACCUUUUUCAUCUUUCUACUAGUUCCUCCCAGCUUGUGUAGGUUGGUGAGGAAACUAGAAGGGGUUCUGUAGCGGGAAUUUCACAGGAAGUUGGGAAGAGGAAACUUUGCUGUUCCAAUUCUCUUGCUAUUUCCUUGGUUGGUCAAGAUGUGCUAAAUAUAUCUGUACUAAGAGCUUGAUGCUUUCAAUAAAAGUUAAUAACUAUUAA